AGUAACACAAUCACUCAUGAGUUGCUCUUCUCUUUCGCGAUUAAUAUCGAUCUCUCUCACUAUAGAUGUUCUUCAUUGGACUCGAACUCGAUCUUUCUCACUCUAGCUGUUCUUUAUCGAACUCUCUCUCUCUCUCUCUCUCUCUCUCUCUCUCUCUCUGUCUCUCACAAAUUGCAGAUUCGAAAUCGAACAAGAAAUUAGAUCUAAUCUGAUCGAAAUCCAUACUCGAUCUGAUCUGUUCUAAUCUGAUCUCUCUUGCAUUUUGUUAGAUCUGUUCUUGCCCUAGCUUUUCUUCAUCAAACUCGAACUCGAUCUCUCUCACAAAUUGUUGAGCCGAAAUCGAACAAGAAAAUCGAUCUAAUCUCAUCAAAAUCCGAACUCGAUCUGAUCUGAUCUCUCUUGCAUUUUGUUAAAUCUGUUGAUUAACAAGGUUUCAAGCAAAUCAUUUUUAUUUUGUUUUUCAUUAACAAGUGUUAAUAGGUGUUUGAUUUCUUUGUAGGUGGCGAUGAGGUGUAGAGAUCGGUUACAUGAACUUGUAAAGGAAGAGAUAGAGAAGAAGGAUUCGAGUACGGAGGAGUGGAAGAUCGCGAUGAAGAGUAGCUUCAAUCACAUGGACAAUGAGGGUGAACCAAGUUUCCAUCUAUUUGGUUUUAUAAUGUGUCAUGGUGCUACAGCUGCAAGGGCAUUAAAGUCUCUGCUUCAAGGCAUUUUGCUGUCUUCAAAAGGGGUAUGCCCCCUCCACCCCAGGUUCAUGCUUACUCCUGAUAGAUUCUUGAAAGGGAGGAAGUUUGAUAUUAAGAAAACAAAGCACAUGUGGGCUGAGAUGCUUCAAUGGAGGAAAGACUUUGGUGCUGACACUAUCAUGGAGAUUGACUUGUCUUCCCACAUUGUUAGGGUUUAAUUGACUUUGAAGUCGUGUUGGUUAUUUUAUUCCUCUGCCAGGAUUUGAUAGAAGGUUAAUA